UUUUUCCAUCCCUAAGGCACAUAGAGGAAGACAGUCGAAUUUUAUACUUGUUGGUGGUGUUGGCGUGAGUGUGGUGGUACUUAAACAUGAACAAGUUUAUGAAAAGAACAGCAAGCGAACAGCUAAAGCCUGAUGAGGAUCAAAAGAAGAGGAGGCGAGAUGUUUCUAUAGCUUGGGAUCAUUUUAAAAGAAACAGCGAAAAAACGCAUGGGAUAUGCAAUUACUGUGGUAAGCCAAUAAUGACGUGUGGAAACACAACAAAUCUAAUGGACCACUUAAAGCAGGUUCAUGCUGAUUGGCUUAAAGUUGGGGGAACUGCGCAGAAACCAAACAUGUUAGAAAAGUUUGUUGGAAAAUCGGUUUCCUUUUAUGAAAAUGACUCGAAACGAAAACGUCUCCUAGACAGUAAGGUCAUGAACAUGAUUGCUGCCGAUGUUCAACCUUUUUCUUGUGUUUAGGAUGACAGAUUUAAAGAGCUCAUGAAAGAAAUGGACCCCCGCUACAGGUUACCUAGUAGGUCACACCUGCGCGACGAAGUGAUUCCAUCUCAAUAUGAGUCUCUUAAGAAUAAACUCCAUUCUGUACUUAACGAUAUUGAUUUUGUGGCCAUAACGACUGACUUGUGGACAUCCAAAGCAAACGAAGGUUACAUUACAGUUACGUGCCAUUUGGUUUUAAAUAGUUUUACGUUGGAGUCGGCAAUUUUAGCAACAAGGCAACUUCUUGACACUACCAAUCACAAUGCUAUUAAUAUUUCUGAAACACUAAAGGGCGUGCUUGAUGAUUGGGGUGUCACGAAUAAAGUUGUUUGUGUUGUGACUGACAAUGAUGCGGUGAUGCUAAUAGCAUGUGAGUUGUUUGAAUAUAAGCACUUGCCUUGUGUAGCGCAUACAAUCAACCUUAUUGUGCAAGAUGUCCGAUUGCCCGAUUUCGACGUAAUUCUUACAAAAUGUAUGUCGGUAGUUGGCUUUUUUAAGAGAAGCCAGAUCGCAUAUUCGAAAUUUAAGGGCGCUCAGGGGGACAAUCCGCAUUCUCUUCUGCAAGAAAUGCCAACUCGCUGGAAUAGCGCAUUCGAAAUGAUUAAGCGCAUACUGAAGACAAACGAAUUUAUUACAUUAGCUUUGGUAUCUUCUCGUGGCGCUCCAUUGCCGUUUUCAGCAGAAGAAGUGGAUAUUUUAAAUGAUAUAUCCGAGUUGCUAUCCCCCUUCGAAGAGACGACGCUUUCUGUGUCUACAAACACAAAAGUAUCAGCGUCCAUAAUUAUCCCAGUCAUAUGCGAACUGAAUCAUAAAGUAAACAAUAUUAAAGUCAACACAGAAAAAGGCAAAAACAUAUUCACGACCAUCAAGUUUAGUCUUACCAAGAGGCUCGCAAGCUAUGAAACACGCACAAUACCACGAAUUGCUACCAUACUAGAUCCCCGCUUUAAGAAACACGGAUUUUGUAAUCCCUUUAAUGCGGAAGAAGGUGUCAAAGCUGUGCAGCCUGAACUGUUUACAAAACUACCUGCAAACCCACUACACCCGCCAACAUCACCAACACAGGAACCAAGCCGAUUUUCUUUUCUACAAGUCAAAAGCCAAAACAAGGUGCACUCUUCCUGGGCAGAUGCCAUUAUCCUGAUGAGACAGCAUUUUGGAAAGGAGAACCAGCCGGAAAACUGUGACCCUCUUUCGUACUGGCAGAUUACUACAGAUGGCGACGCGUUUAAAACGUUAGCUAAAAAAUACUUCUGCGUCCCCGCAUCUUCGUGCGAAUCUGAAAGAGUUUUCAGCAAAGCUGGACAACUUAUAAGUAAGCGUCGCACGCGGCAAUCAUCGACCGUUGUCGAUAAGCUCCUCUUCUUAAACAAAAACAAACAUGUAAUUAAUAUGUAAAUAUAUAUAGUAGAGUUCGGGAUAGUAAGUAAAGAUAGUAAAGUAGGGAUAACACAAUA